UUAAUCAUGUUGAGAAAUGUUUUACAUAUUUUCUUGGAUAAAAUGUUUUUAUGAUACAGAGCCACGAUUAGGUUACCUUUAAUAACACCCCAUUCCCUCCUGUCUCUGUUUGCGCCUGCGUGACCGCGUUUGCACCCCGACCCGCAAACUAAUUGCAGCUUCUUCCUCUGAUUGACAGCGAGGAUUUCGUCUCUCCCCGAAGCGACGUCACACCAAAGUGGGUGAAGCCGAGCACCCCCGCGUCUAUUCCAAAGAAAACAUGACAGAUUCUGCGUAAGAGAGACGCCUCUACCUGCAGCCGGUCGGCACCGCAACUUGUCGCACCAACUUCACCAGCGCCUCAGUUUCGAGCGCGUGCAGCGCGGCCAACAUCUGAGGCAUUUGUUUAUUUUUUCUUAUCUGAGAAAAGCAUCGGCGCAUGGCCUUCUUCAUUUUCUGUCAUGGGUUUAAUGUUUUUUUGUGGGAAAACUGAAGAAAAGUGAGGAUUUUCUGACACUCAUCGCUUUUCUCCCUCGGAGCUUUUUUGCGCGCACUCUGACUCUCCUCAACUCGUCCCAAAAGCAUGUAACCGCGCCGAGACAGACAGAGCACACCGAUAAUGAAGAGGUUAACCACACCUUUGAGAGCGGACAUCUCUUCACGAGCCACUUGACGAACUUCGUUGCGCGUUAAGAUGCGCCCGGCGCAAGCGGAGCUGGACUUCUGCGCUCUCUUUGACGGACACUUUCCGGUGAGGUUUGACUGAGUCGUGCCUUCACAAAACAAGGACUUCUUAUGAAUCUAAGAAAUAAUCGCUCUCGGUGUUGGCCCAGCUAAUCACGUUAAACUCUGCCGGGGGAUCUCCUUGCUGUCACCAUCAUGACGGUUCGUCUUUCGCGGAUCCAGCUGGCCAUAUUCUUCAUCUUGCUCUGUCCGGUCAACAUCAUCGGACUCUGGUGGGCAGUGGGAAGUCCUCUGGUUGUGGACCCCAACAGCAUUUGCAAGAAGGCAAAGCGUCUGGCAGGGAAGCAAGCUGAGCUUUGCCAGACUCAGCCAGAGAUUGUCAGUGAAGUGGCCAAAGGAGCCCGGCUGGGUGUUAGAGAGUGCCAGUACCAGUUCAGGUACCGCCGCUGGAACUGCACCAGCCACAACAAAUAUUUCGGCAAAGUUCUUCAACAAGAUAUUCGGGAAACGGCGUUCGUCUAUGCCAUCACAGCAGCUGGUGUGACACACGCUGUGACCCAAGCCUGCAGCAUGGGAGACCUGCUGCAGUGUGGCUGUGAAGCAAUGAGAAACAAAGCUCCCCCAAGGCCACCUUCAUCGUCCUCUUCUGGGGAUGGUGUUAAGUGGGAGUGGGGGGGCUGUGGAGACGACGUGGAGUUUGGUUAUGAAAAGUCCAAACAGUUUAUGGAUGCCAAGAGGAGAAGAGGCAGAAGUGACAUAAGGACGCUCAUCAACUUGCACAAUAACGAGGCUGGUAGACUGGCAGUGAAGCUCUACAUGCGAACUGAGUGCAAGUGCCAUGGACUGUCGGGCUCGUGCACUUUGCGUACGUGCUGGAAAAAGAUGCCUCAUUUCCGUGAGGUUGGUGACCGUCUGCUUGAGCGCUUCAACGGCGCUUCCAAGGUGAUGGGUGGCAAUGACGGGAAGACCCUGAUACCAGUCGGGCACAACAUAAAACCGCCAGACAAGCAGGAUUUGAUAUACUCCGACGAGUCUCCAGAUUUUUGCCUUGCGAAUCGAAAAACAGGUUCACUUGGAACACGAGGCCGCAUGUGCAACAGCACAGCCAUGGACAUCAGCGGCUGUGAUUUGUUGUGCUGCGAGAGAGGCUACAGGGAAGAAACUGUGGUGUUUCAGGAGAACUGCUUGUGCCGCUUCCAUUGGUGUUGCGUCGUCCAGUGUAAGAAGUGCAUGGUACGAAAGGAGCUUAGUCUUUGUCACUGAUGAACUAGCGCUGAAGAGUAAUCAGAGUGAAAAUUUUAGGGUUCUUGUUUUAGUCUUGCUGGUUUGAAGGAAGGAAAGGAAUUGGACCUGUUUGGUGAUGCCUUUGAAAUGUCUUUUUCACAAAGGUUUCAUGUGAAAUUGAAACUUUGGUUCCUAUGAGGUGUGAACAUUUAGCCAAACAAGUUCCUUCCCUGAACCUUUUAUUUUCCUUUUCUGCUUUAUGACAAAGGACCAAAGAAUGUUCUGUGUUAUGGACUACGAGCCUUAUGUAUAGAGGAUCUAUUCUAGUCUAGCUGGCACAGUCGACUCUCUGCCACCCAUCAGCAGCAGAGCUUUGUGUUGCUCUAAAACUAAAGAGGUUUUAGAAAUAAUUUUCCCGAUGUGCUCAAUUUUAAAAACUGGCAUCAAAAACCAGAAUGGGUAUUAAACCUCUUACAGAUAUAUCAGCAAUUUUUUUCUGUUAUUUAAAAUUUUCAGAGGCAUUGUGUCCUAUCUACUACAACUUGCUGUAGGACAAUAAAAAGAUAAGUAAUCCCACUAUGGUUCAAAUAUCAGUACUUUCUUUUACUAUUAUGUGUUUUCAUGUAGUUACCAUUAUCUAAGAGUGUAGUCCAAGUAUUUUUUAGAUUAAUAAUACUUUAACAGGAACAUAUUAAUAGAUUACCACCAUGGACACAUUUAAUUUCAGUUGUUUGUUUCUGUAGUAAAUUUAAUGCAACAAAAACAUAGAUAAUAUCUGUUUAAGUACAAACAAUAUUUUGCAUCUUUGUCAAAAUUUCCUGAAAAAGAGCAAAUGUUUCAAAGUGUACAUUUUUAGUAAUGCUGUCAACACAUUUCUUUACAGGUAUAUAUUUGAUUUGCUAAGACCUUUAUUUAUGUGACUCAAAAUGACUACUCUCGUCCAUCUCACUCAGAAGCACUUUGGGAUGCAGCGGACGCUAUAGACUCAGCAGCGUUUAGAAGAAAACCAUCCUGGACUUACGAUUCCCUUUACCCCAAAGAGGAAUCUUUAUUUCUGUAACUUGUUUUGGUUUCUAGAAAAUGUACAAGAUAUAUUUUGUUGAGGAUAUAUGAUAUACAGGGCUAAUAAAGUGAUGCACUUUGGAUGUUUUAAUUUGA